CUCCCAGAAGCUCCCUUAUGGCCCGCCCACCGUGGCACUGAGAGGCGGCCGCAGGUCACGUGGCUCUUUUCCCGGGGAAUCGCGCCUCUCUGGGCUGGCGACGAGGCAGUUCGGCUGAGCUAGAGAGGAGAGGGGCUGCGCCGCGUGGCUUCUUCCUCGCAGAAGCGAAAGUGAUGCAGAAGUCUGGCAAGGAUGGAAUCUCGAAACGGGCCCGGCCCGACAGCCCGGCGGAUGGGUUCCACACGCCAGAGAAACGUGUCUCUGCCUGGCAGGAUGCGGAUCCCGACCGUCUCCAUCCCCGGUUCUGGGGAACCGAGCAGUUGUGCUGCUUCCUCUGCCGCCAGGGCUUUGACGACCCGGAGCUGCAGGGGUGCUUCCGAGAAAAUCAAAUGACUGGUUCAGUACUGCCAUUCAUCGAUGAACCUUAUCUUGAAAAGAUGGGAGUUAGAUGUCUGCCAGUGAGAACAAAACUUCUGCUUUGUUUGCGCAAGCUGGAACAAACUUGUACUGACGUAAUGAAGGUAUUUAAUGAUCCAAUUCAUGGCCAUUUUGAAAUGCAUCCUCUCCUUGUUCGAAUCAUUGAUACACCCCAAUUCCAGCGUCUACGAUACAUUAAACAAUUAGGUGGCACUUACUAUGUUUUCCCAGGAGCAUCACACAAUCGCUUUGAACAUUCCCUUGGGGUUGGCCAUCUAGCAGGCCGCUUGGUCCGAGCACUGCAGGAACGACAACCAGAGCUGGAUAUUAAUCAGAGGGAUAUUUUGUGUGUCCAGAUUGCUGGUCUUUGUCAUGAUCUGGGUCAUGGGCCAUUCUCUCAUAUGUUUGAUGGAAGAUUCAUCCCACUUGCGAAUCCAAAAUCCAAAUGGAAGCAUGAACAGGCUUCUGUGAAGAUGUUUGAUUACUUGAUUGUUUCCAAUGAGCUGGGACCAGUCAUGGAAUAUUAUGGUCUCAGACUGCCAGAAGAUACAGAGUUUAUCAAAGAACAAAUAGGAGGACCCACAAAAACUAAUGACUGUUCAUGGCCUUACAGGGGACGACCUAAAGAGAAGAGCUUUCUUUAUGAGAUUGUGGCUAACCAAAGAAAUGGUGUUGAUGUAGAUAAAUGGGAUUACUUUGCCAGGGAUUGUCAUCAUCUUGGAAUCCAGAAUAACUUUGAUUAUGAACGCUUCAUUAAAUUUGCUCGGGUCUGUAAAGUAGAUAAUGAGAAGCAUAUUUGUACUCGUGAUAAGGAGGUUGGAAAUUUAUAUGACAUGUUCUACACUCGGAACUGCCUGCACCGCAGAGCCUAUCAGCACAAGGUUGGCAACAUCAUUGAAACCAUGAUUACAGAUGCUUUCUUGAAAGCUGAUAAGUACAUCAAGAUAAAGGGCUCUAAAGGAAAAGAAUACCACCUCUCUACAGCAAUAGAGGAUAUGCAAGCUUACACUAAACUAACAGAUGACAUCUUUUUGACAAUUCUGCGCUCUGAUCUCCCAGAGCUACAUGAAGCACAGGAAAUUUUGCGUAAAAUAGAGUGUCGUGAUCUCUACAAAUACCUGGGAGAGACUAAACCUCGAGAGGGCAAGGAAAUUAAAGAGGAGCAGUACGAUAAAUUGUCCGCUGAAAUUGCUGCAUCUAAGCCAGAGACAGAAAGUCAGGAUGUUGGAUUGAUGGCUGAAGACUUCAUAGUUGAUGUUAUCAACAUGGAUUAUGGAAUGAAAGAGAAGAAUCCUAUCAAUAAUGUUCGUUUCUACUGCAAGUCUGAUAUCACUAAGGCAGUCAAAAUUACAAAAGAACAGGUCUCAAAGUUUCUGCCAGAGAAAUUUGCUGAACAGUUGAUCAGGGUUUACUGUAAGAAAAUGGAUAAAGAGAGUAUUGAUGUUGCUAGAAAAUAUUUCGUUAAAUGGUGCAUGGACAAGGAUUUCAGUAAACCACAGGAUGGUGAUGUGGUUGCCCCUGAACUUACUCCAAUGAAAGAAGACUGGAAUCAGGAUGGUGACAAAGAAGCAGAGCAGAGUUUCAAAAAAUCUCUUUUCUAACUGAGCAGCUUAAACUUCUUUCCAGUCACCAGACUUUCAUGCUACCAUUUUUGAUACAUCAGGUUGCAUAGACAGAUUUUAUCAUGUUUACUUCAAAUAUUCCAUAAAAGCACAGAAAAAAUACGCACUAUGUUGUUAGGAGAAAGUUUGAUGGGAAAGGCCUUGCGUGCUUAGCAGUAGAAACUUUAAAAACUCUCCAUGUGUUGUGGCAAUCAUAUGGAAAUUUAACCACUGGUAAUGAGAACAUUAUUGCUUAUGAGGAGUGCUCCCUUUACAUGCUGGCUUGAGCAUGUAUUAGUGAAGUAAGAACUGACUGCUAAAGGAGGCUUCAGAGGCAUUUGUAAAAUCACUAAUGUUUAAAAAUCAAAAUCUAAUCCAGAGGCCUGUAUUUUUAAAUGAACACAAUUAUCCAAGGUCUGACAAAAUAUUAUAGCUCAUUUACCAAGGAAAACACUGUAAACCAAUCAUGGCUUUUGAGGGCAGGAAGAGGAGACAUGCUGUUUGCAUUACAUGUGGUAAUUCUGACAAACUUUCUCACAGUAUAUGCUGCUUUAGAUCUUUCUUUUUUCUUUUUUUAACUUUUGUUGUUUUUUAAUGGCCAGAGUCAAUACUCAGAAGAGCAAAUAACAAACCAGUGACAUGGUGUCCUUUCAACACAUGCUAUAGAGGAAAUAAUCAGUUGCAAUAGAGAGGCCAAUGGCUAUUUAAAAAGCAGAUGUUGUGCUAAGGGUUUUGUCUUUUCUAUUUUGAAAAGUCUGAAUGUAUUUUUAACUCUUCCACAUUGCCAGAGACAAUGAUUGUAUGUAUAAGGGUAUUGUAUCAUCCUUUUAAGAUGUAUUAUUUUUGGUAAUAUUUCUGUGACAUGCACUUUAUGCUACCAAAAAUAUGCUUUUAUAUACAAGAGCUGUUUUUCCUGAAGAAGUCAGCUGUCAUUGUUGAGAAUUAACUCGUUUAAUUUCUGGAUUUUUUCCUAUUCUUCUUUAAGCCCCUUUUAAUGAUAACCUAUAGAAGAAUUGCAUAAAUUUUAAAAAGUGUUCAAAA